CAAUAAUCAGAGGAGUUUCAUUAUUGAUUCUUCCCACUUGUAUUUUUUAUUUGAUUUCUAGUCUUUCUUUAUAUAUAUAUAUGUAUAUGUAACCUGCAUGGGCAAAAGAAGGAGUGUCAGAGAAACAUAAAAAAAAAAGGAAACCAAGUCCUCUGGUCGUGUAUGUGUUUGUAAUAGCAAGAGUCAAAAAACUUAAGACCUUGUUUGGUUGUGUGUGUUUUUCUAAAUUGAGUGAUUAAACACCAAAUUUUUCCUUUGUCUUGAUCCAAAAUUACCAUUACUUCCGCAAAUACCCAACAAUUACUUGAACAAUUGGGGAACCGAUCGAAGUGGCGGCGGCGGCAUUAGCUGUUGCAGCGACGACAUUUCUGGAGAAUCCAUGAAGUGAAAAUGUGAAGGUAUCAGUAACACUAGAAAUGGUUUUCUGCAUCUUCCGUUCUCUUUCUCUCUCUCUUUUCUCCACUGCUGAAACUUAUUACCGGAUUAAAAAAUGGAAUUCUCAUUGCGGAGAAAGAUAAGUUCUUUUGGUUCUCCCCUCUCUCACUGCAUGCCUGAACUGUUUUCUUUUUUUCCAUUCCCUUGUAUUUCACAUACUUCGUCUUCUUUCGUUGUGAUUUGAUGCCAAUAGAACGGUGAACUAUAGUCGUUUUGAUGUAACAUAGCAAGCGUGAGGUAACAAUUGUAAUUGUCUUCAUUUAAUUAUAAGUGUAUAGUUUUGCUUUGUGCCUAAGAAAAUGUACUGACAAUAUAAAUUUGUAGUUUCCAAUUAGAUUUUGCUGAUAAUGGUUGUGUAAUUGUGACCAUUGUUGAACCCUGAGUAUUUCUUUUUUUAAUUUUUACGAAAACUUUAUGAUGCUGUUGUGAAUUCCUAAUAAAUAAAUCAUAAUAUACUUUGCUUCAGAGUCAUCUUCCAUGUGUACUCAGUUCACCAAUAAAUAGAUGGCUUUGGUGUUGAUUUGUUGAAUAUCUUUUCCAAUGUUUCUACAUUGGGUUUACUGUUUUGCCUGUUUUACAUCUGUUGCUUCACUUGCUUGAUAUGUUUUUUUUUUCCAGUUUUUAUUGUCUUUUUAAUUCUUUGCUCUAAUUACAACAUUCAUUUUCAGAUUCUUUCAAUAUUCACUUAUGUCGUUUAUAAUUGAGUAAUAUUCUUUGAUCAUUUAAAAUCUUAAAUGUAAUCAGACCUCGCACUCAUAAAUAAACCCUUAAUCACUUCGUUUACUAUAAACUGGCAUGGGUGCCAAAAAUACAAUCUAUACACAUAUAUUUCAACAUUUCAAUGACAAAUGCCAUAUUUUACAGGGCAAUGAAAUAAAGUCUGAAGACAUCAAUAUGAACACCUCCACAACCAAAUCUACAUCGAAUGAGGCUACUGCCACAAUAUUGUCACUGCUAACGACAGUGAGUAAGAAAUCAAAACUUGCAUUCGAACCACGGUACAACAAUUUUGUGUUACAAACCAAGACUACAAUGCAAAUUAGAGCAACGGAAGCACUAAGUUUCAAGACGUGAAAAGUACCAAUAUUGCAUGUUUGUCUUUCAAGAUUUGGCGUACAAAAGUACUCAUUUAUUUUGUACAGCACAACAUACCACACUAACAAUCAUGUAAUCGCCGUCCAUAUGACAAACAAAAAAUGAUCCAGGCACACCAUUGGAUCAUGAAAGACAAAAACCAACCCGGCCAAGGGCCGGGCACAGAGCUAGUUUUACAACAAGAUCUAAUGACUCUAAGUGUAUUAAAGUAUCAAUACUAUAUAGCAUACUAAAAUGUCUCGUUAUCGGGAUAUACGUUCUCAAAUUUCUCGGACACCACUUAUAUAAGUACUUUGCUUUCUUGCCACUCCACCCUCCGUUAGUAGCCUUGUUAUCAUUCAGCCCUCAAGCCUAGAGGUGGCAAUUGGAUCGGAUUCGUGGAUUGGAUUGGUGGAUUCAUGGAUCAAAUGGAUUGGUGGAUUCAUAGAUUGGAUCAAAUGGAUUGGUAGAUUAAUCCAUGAAUCCAAAUGACAUCAAAGGCUUGGACCAAAAUGUAAAAUUUGAAAAGUUCUGGUACUAAAAUGUCAUAAUGAAAAAUUUUAGGUACCAAAAUGUAAUUUUCCAAUGAUAUUUUUUGUACAUAAAAAUAUAAAUUUUAGGUACCAAAAUGUAAAAUAUAAAAAAAUAUAGGUACCAAAUCAUAAUUUGCCAAUUAGAUCCAUGGAUUGAUCCAUGAAUCCACCAAUCCAAUUGGAUUUGGAUCAAAUGGAUUGGAUUAGGUGGAUAAUUUGGUAGAUUGAUUGGAUUGGAUUCAUGGAUUUGGAACCUAAUUGCCACCUCUACUCAAGCUCAUUAAUACUUCCAAACAAAUAGUUUCCUGGCUACAAUGUUUCUUGCCACAUCAUCCAUAUACGUUCCUCAAAGUUGGAACGAGCAGCUCUUAGUAUGAACUUUGCAUGAGGCCACAGAGUAGGGGUGGGCCGGUCGAACCGCACCGUAUCGCAUGGUAAUUGGACCGCAUCACAUAGUUAACCGUAAUUUAAUUGAUGCGGUCAAAUCGAAUCGCAUAAGUACGCGGUUUGAUACAAUCUAGACCGCAUUUUUUUUACCACAACUAAUAAGUGUUCAGAUUUGUACUUUCAUUUUCCAUUAUACUAGCAAAAACAUGAAAACAUCACAAUUUAAUUUUUUCGAUUGCAAUCAAUUUGCCAAUCGAUUCGAAAUUCCAAAAUCAAAUUAUCUUUCAGAUCUCUUUAUAAUUUUAUGCUCACACUCAAAUCUUGGUAUAUAUUAUUAGAACUAUUAAAUCACAAGUUAAAAAAUUACCAAAAAUUGAAAUUACUGUUCACUAAGGAAAAAUCGGGAUUUACUAUUCACAUAAGGGUAUUGUGAUUAUCUACGUGUGUUUCUUGGUAAGUUGGGUUCACUUGCAUUGGGCUGGAAAAUGAACUAUUAAAUCACAAGUUAAAAAAAUUGCAAAAAGUCGAAAUUACUGUUCAUAAAAUGGGAUGUACUGUUCACAUAGGGGUAUUAUGAUUAUCUGCGUGCGUUUUUAGGUAAGUCUGGGUUCACUUGAAUUGAGCUGGAAAAGCUUAGUCGUUGAUUCCUUUUAAACUUCUUUGCAUUCACGGGCUCAUGUGUAGACUAUCACACGUGAUCUACAUCUCUCAUUCUCUCUCUUUUUCCGUGCAACCCCACCAUCUGCUCUCAUUCAUUCCUUUUUCCCAUUCCAGAUUCCGAUUUCAUUCCCAUUUGUCAAUAGACUAACCCCAUUCAUCAAAAUAAAAGAAAAAUUCUAUUUUUAAUUCCUUAUAUGAGUAGCAUAAUUUUAUUUUUUGGAAUAGCAUGUCAUUGUAGAAUUGAGGAAGAACUUGAAUUUCCAUUGCACCGCAAGGUUAAUUUUACCUUUGUACAACUAUUUCAGCGCCUUUUCAUUUUCACAUUAUGGAAUAUUUAUAUUAAAAAUACAUUUGGUAAAAAUUAUAAUUAACUAUCAUGUUUACCAUCACAUCAAUUUGUAUUAUGCAAAAAUACUAUGAGAUACAUUAACAUUUUCGUUAUAAUUUAAUUAUUUGUGAUAGUUUUCAUAACUUGAUUUUAUUAUUAGACCAAACACUAUGAAACAUUUAUGUAACACCAUUUUAUAGAAAUUAUGUAAAUUUAUACAUUACACAAAUCUUACAGAGAGAUAAUUAUUUCUUAUGUAUCAAUUAAAAAAAUUGCACAACAUAAGUUCUAAUGACUAAAGAGUAUACACAAACUUUAUGGAGGAAUAAAUUUGUUUUAAGUAGAAAGUAAACAAACAUAUCGCAUAAGUCUUCCAUGAUAUAAGUUUUAAACAAAUUUCCUAAAUACUGAACAAAAUUAUUGAUGAUCUCAUCAACUUACAUUAAACAAAGAUUCUGUAAGGUCGAUUAUUUUUUACAUAACAGUUUAGGACACAAUCCUUUCAUGAUAUAAAUUUGAACGAAAAUUGCUAAAUUAUUGACUAAUUGUUGACGAUCUCAUCAAUUUGCAUUACACAAAUAUUUUCUUAAGUAGAUUAUAUGUUACAUCAUUGUCGAUGAUCUAAUCAAAUUUUAUACUUUUAUAACUUAAUUCACUUAUUAUCAACUAAUAUUUCUUUAUUUUUACCUACUAUAUUCAACCGCCCAUCUAUUUGUAUCACACAAAUUAAAGCUUUGAAUCUUACACAAUAGUUUAACCAAAUGUAAGAUAUGUAACUUCAUUUUAUUAUUAGACUACACGUUAUGGAAGAUGACGUAAGACAUUGUAUACCAGUUAUUAAAAUACACUAUGCAAAACUUAUGAAGGUUGAAGGAAUAGUUAUUUUUAUCUAUCCAUCUAACAGAUGUGUUACAGAAGCAUUUCUUAAUAAUUAAGACACUACGUAAAGCUCAUGGAAGUGUUUUACUUGAACUAUUUUAUGAAUAAUAAUUUUAUUUCAACUAAAUCAUUGAAUUGAAUGAGUGAAUAAAAUUUUAUGAAAAAUAAUUAAUUGAUUACCGCCGCAAAGAGCGGGCAAAAAAUCUAGUAUAUAUUAUAACCGGUAAAUAUCUUAGAAUAGUCCAGUUCUGCUAUGCAUGUAUAUACACAUAAGAUCAAAAGCUCUCAAUUCAAACGGCCUACGUUUAUUAUUACUAGCAAUAACCCGCUAGCUACGCUUUGCGUGAGAGAACAUAACAUUAAACCGCAAGGAGUACAAAAUUAUUAUAAAUGUGGUACAGAGAACAAUGACAAUUUAAUAUCCAUCAUAGGAUACAAAACAUAGCUGAAGAGUAGAUAUGUUUUCGGUAGUCUUUGCAUCAUAUAUGUAGGUGACAUGGUCCACAACAAUAAGGCAAUAAAGGUAUUGAAAUUUAGAAUGAUAAUGGAUCUGUACAUCAAUGCUUAAUUAUAGAAAAGUAGUGUAGAAUUCAUGUAUUUGAAGAAUUCAUGUAUAUUGUAGGUUGAGUUGUGAGAACUUGUGUAAUAUUAGAAUGCAUUGUUUGGCUUGCAUGAGUUAAUGGUAGAACCCACAUAAUUUGGCAUGAAAUCUCAAAUACUUUGGGUAAACCCAAAGCAUUUGAGAUAUCAUGGUCACAUGAAUUCUAGAAUUACAUGGUGCACCAAUAUCAUGAUAUCUGUCCAAAAAUAAAACAAGAAAAACAGUGGAAUCUCAUAUAUCAUGUAAUCUUGAAAUCUAUGAGUAGAUUACAUGCUUACCAAACGAUCCCAUAAUGGUGGUUAUGACAAGAGGCUUGCUAUUUGUCACCAACCAAAUUGCUAUUUGCCGCCAACAAAAAAAAAAGUAUAUAUGUACAUCUUUGGUUAAGUAGUUUCACAAUCUACAACAUAUCAAACUAUCAGAGAACGUAUUGAAUCAGAAAAAAUCGACGCUCGCCGGAAAAGUCGCCAAAAAAUCAUCUGGAAAGCCCAUCCUUGACGUAAACUGCGGACACGCAUCCAUGAAUCAUCACUAAGCAGGUGCGUCAAUUUUUUGUAGUUUCGAACAAAUUUUUCGACAAUUUGCAACGAACAGACGGUGGGCCGAAAAUUUCCUGCGUCCGGAACUAGGCAGGGCCGACGGAAAUCGGUUGUCGGAGCCAGGCUGAGCCACAAAAUGUUUUCGGCCCACCGUCUGUGUUUGCAAUUAUUAAGCAGGAAACAAAGGAAACAUAUGAGUGGCUGCUGCGAUGUAUUAAAGAGUUGCUCGGUGAUACGGUUCUGAAUGUCAUUGUGACAGACAAAGAAGGUGGUCUGCUUGCUUCUGUUCCUGUGGUCUUCCCUCUCCCACAUACUGUCCACCUACUAUGUUUAUGGAACGUCAACAACUGUGUGAAGAAAAAGUUUGAGCAAUUACUGGGUGGAAUUGCAAACAGAGAGGUAGCACAAGCGGUAUGGAAGAAAUAUUUCGACAAAGCUGCCACGGAAGAUCCUAAUGAGGCUAGGAUCCGUAGGUCCACCAGGACACUCACCACUCGAACGUCCUCCCCUACUCCGUCUAGUCCCCGAGCUCUCUGUCUCCUCACGAGCAGGUGGUACGAACCGCCCAGCUCGGUCCCUAUACAUAGCAGGACGUGAUGUUGCCGUACAAGACGACACUCGUCCAUGUCCACGCGUAGGUGGAGGGACCUCGAUAUCCUCAUCAGUAUCGUCCUCAUCAAACUCAGCCGAGACCACUCUUGAUGCAGCACUCUGGUUCCUUCCAUGGGAACCAGACGCCCGUGAUGCCGAACGAGCAACUACAGUAGGAGCAUCUAAUUCAUCCUCCCCUAAAUUUGCCUCUAACUGAUUUCCUGGCACGACCCGAUCCUUUUUGAAAACCAAACCACAACUCAAACCACAACCCGGUUACUCCGUAGCAACCCAAAACAGUUUUCAAGUGAAAUGCCCUAAACACUUGGGCGACCUCAAUCCAGAGCAACAAAACAUAAAACAAAAUCCUUGAGUUCCCCAGUAUACUCAUUAAGACAUGAAACUAAAGACAAAUAAUGGGAGGUCUCAUCUCGUUACCCAUAUAUGGGAUGCCUCACACACAUAUCGCGCAUACUAGAAAAUUUAACUAAAUAAUAACUUGAGCGAAAACCGAAAACUAAAAAACCUACGACAGAGAUUUUAUCCCCUUUACAAUCACCUCGAAAAGAUGACUCCUCAAUUCCUUUCUCGAAGAAACCCCUCCUUAGCCGGAUUUUCUUGGGGAAACCUAUUAAUAAAAAUCAAUUUUCUUAGACGACUUUUCUUGAUCCAAAACCCCUUUUGAAUCACUAGAACGUCCUCUCCUCAAACUCUAGUCCUUGAACCUCAUUCCAAGGGUCCUUUAACCCCCAUUAAAAUUUUCGAGAAUUAAUCGCCUAAAAAACGACCAUUUUUUAAUUAUUUUAGUCUUGGACGAAUUUUCCACCUAACUGGAACCUUCUUAAAAAUACGGAUAAUAAUUUUAACAUGUCAAUCAUGAGCCCCUAUACCCUGAAAAAUUAUCAAACCCUUAAAAACUCCUCGGAAAGAUUUUUAUUUAGUUAAGAAAAUAUUCAAACAAUUUCUAAAACUAGAAAUACAUCUUCAAAAAUCACCAAAUUAAAUUACAAUCAUCUCCUAGACGUCGCUCAAUUUAUAAAAUUGAUAGAUUCAGAAAACAACCUUCAGAGAGGCUCAAAACAAUUGAAAACAUCUAAAAAUACGUUUCUGGAAAUUCCCAACAGCUUUAGUGACCAAUCAAAAUCUGUCACUAAAAGCCUGUAAAGCCUGUUACUAAACCCCAGAAUUCUAUCCUCACGAAAAAUCACCAAAUCAAUCGAUCUAACUCAAAGGGAUCGAGUUCCCUUACCUCUAGAAUGUGCCUAGGCCUAAGUUGGAUGUCACCGCUAGAACACGAAAGGGAUGAGAUUGGAGUCGAGAACAGGGGCAGUGGUACGGUGGAAUUUUAAAGGGCCAGGGGAGGGAUUAUUGUUGGGCGGCUGCUGCUCUCCCUCCGCUUCUGCUGCGCCGGAACAACAAGGAGGAGGGAUGGCGGCUAGUUGCUGGGGCUCGAUAAUGGGAGGGGAAUUGAGAAAAUAAUAAUUGGGGGGAGGUGGUUUGCUAGGGGAAAAGGGUUUGGGGAGGGCCGCUCGGCCCUCCUCCCAUUAUUCUAUUAUUUUUUUAAUAAUAGAAAUUAUAAUAAUAAUAGUUAUUAUUAUUAUUAUUAUUAUUAUUUCUAAUCCGCGGUUGUAACUCCUAGGAUUUAACCGUCAACCAAACCGAUCAUGUACAAAGGUCGAACCGAACCCAAAGGUCGGAGUGUUACAUAUCCAAUAUCUCGAGAGCGCUUCUUCUUCUUAUUCUUCUUAGGCACCUUCCUUCGUGUUGAUGCAUCAACAAUCCUACCAUUGAAUCUAUGCAACUCACUCCCACUCGCAUCAUCCAUAUCUAAUUAUCUACAAAUUUAUACAAUAUCAUACUUAGAUGCACACUAAUUAAUUAAAUUUCUAUUAACUAAUGUACUAUUAACAUUAAUUGUUAAUUAAUCACAAAUUAAUUAAUUUUCUAUUAAAUAAUGUACUGAAUAUUAACAUUAAUUGUUAAAUAAAUUAUUAAUUAAUUAAUUUUUUAUUAACUAAUGUACUGAGUAUUAACAUCAAUUUUUAAAUCAAUUAUUAAUUAAUUUUUUUAUUAACUAAUCUAAGUAAUUAAACAUUCAUACACCUAUUAUAAGAAAAACAUUCAUACACCAACUUAAAUAAAUAUUAACACUAAUUGCUAAUUUCUAUUAACUAAUUAAGUAAUUUUUAUUGAUUAAUUAAUUAACAUAUUAAAUUAAAUGCAAAAAUCAGUUGGGCCGAAAAAAACCUGCGGCAGGUGCGUCGCCGGGCCGAAAAAAUUUUUUGGCCGGCACAUCGCCGCGCCGAAAAUUUUUUUUGACCGGUGCGUUGCCGAGCCGAAAAAAUUUUGCGGCCGGUGCGACGCUCAGCCGAAAAUCCCUUUCGACCCAACGUCGCCUUGGCCGAAAUUUUUUUUCGGCUAGCCAACAAACAUGCCGCCGGAAAAAUUUUGGCGGCGUGUUCGGCGACCAGCCGAAAACAUUUUGCGCCCGAGGCGCCGCCGAGCCGAAAGAAAUUUGCGGCUGGUGCGACGCCCGGCCGAAAAUAUUUUUCGGACCGGCGGCGUUCCGCUAGUAAUUUUUUUCUGCCCGCCGUGUUUUUCGCCGGAAAAAGUGAACUUACUUGUUUUCCGAAGAUUCAGGGCGAUGGGAGGUUGGCCGGCGAUGAAGGAACGGUGCCGGCGACGUAGGCAUUGGGUUCGUCAACAGAAGUUUUUGUUGGAAUGAGUCAAAUAUUAAUGGUAUUCGAAUUUUUUUUUUUUUUUUUUGGUAAGAUGGUAUUCGAAUUUAUAGAAUGUUUGGAAGGGAAAAUUCAAAUUUAAAUUCAAUAUAUUUUUUUUAGUUAGGGACAAAUAGCAAUUUGAUUGGCGGCAAAUAGACGUUCUCUAUAACAAUGAUACAAACGUUGGCGUAGAUAUGCAAGGGGCAUUAAAUUAAAGAACAGAAAAGGGUUUGGUUGGGCCAUUGUUCAUCAACAACCAUGAACCCAGCAUGAACCUACCUUUGAGAGAGCUGACAAAGCAAAUUGGCCACUAAACCCUAUGAUCACAGCAUGCAGAUAAAAAGAAAACGCUACCAAUGAAACACAGUUCAAACUGACAUCUAUAUUAAAAUGAGAUUAAGAUUUGCAAGAAGAUUGAAUGAGGUGAAGACUAAAAAAACAUUUAAUUUUUAUAUAAAGUGUCACAGUAAAGAAUUAAGAAGAUAACAUGCAUUUAGUUAUUCCUUUUAACUUAUAUAUUGGAAGUUUGUAUGUAAGGACAUAAAGCAUGGUUAAAAGAAAUGACCAGUUGGAAACGAACGCAAUUCAUAGAUCUUUCCCCACUAUUAAUCGGACAGUUCAUCAUUAUCAUUUGCUCUCGAGCCAAAGGAAUCGAGACUAUAACUCUCCAAGAGAAGUUUCAUUCCUUCAGCUACAGCUGCAGUUUAGCAAAAGAGAAGAUCAUGAAUCAAAUUCCCAUGCCAGCUGAAAAUUAUGUAAUGUAUAGGAAACCCAAUGGAAGAAACUGUAUGACGGUUUGAUAUUCAGUGGAAUUCUAACCACGUCAACCCCACAAACUUUCCAGAGCGUUGAAUUAUAGAGAAAGUCACAUGUAGAAUGGUGAAGCUAACAAAGCGGAUGGAAAUAUAGUUGGCUUAAAGAAGUUAAUCUACGAUAAUUAUCAUAAAUGGUUACAAACCUUUGCACUUUGUACAAAACGGUCACAAACCGUUUAAUUUUUCACGUUUCAGUCAAAUUAGUUUGAGUGAAUAACAAAGAGGUCAUUCUGUCCAUUUCCAUCCAAAUUCCUGUUAAAUUUAACCGGUCAACAAUCCAAAUCAGCAAUUAUAUUAAUAAAAGAAAUCAUCUAACCAACCGCCUGGGCUCAACUCAACCCACCCAAACUUUAACACCCACCCACAAUUUCUUCGAAAACAAAUCCCCACCUCCCCAUCACCAUGGACAAUGGUUACCUUCUCCCAGAACCAACCUCCCCAUCUGUUUUUUUAUUUAUAGAUUUGCAUCUCUAAAACCCACCUCGCCUCUUGAUUUCAGAACCAAAUCCCCCUUUCUCCUUCCUUUAAUUGGUUCGCCGCCAUUUACCUUCCCAUCUCUUCCUCCCUUUUGCGGUACAAAUCUGUCUUCAUUACGAUUCUUUCAAUGCUUCUAACUACUGCUCCCUCUUAUAUAAGUGGCUGGAUUCUUCAAAUCAUCAAGAGGAAGAUCUUCUUGUCGAAGAGGAGGAUGGCGGCUAAUUAGCUGGGACUGUUCAGCAGCGGAAGAUGAAUCGCCCCACCUCCUGCAGUUCAGCCGGCGAACGAAUCGGGGGGAGGAGCGCCGACGAGGAUGAGGAUGGUGGACGAAUUGGUUGGAGUAGCUGUUAGCGGUUUUGGGCUGUAGUGGGCUUGUAUGCUUUUGUUUGGCCCGUUGUUAUAGUACCAUGUACGUAGAAGUGUGUAGCUGUAGAAAACUAGCCCUAGCAGGUGCAUACGUGAGCUAGGGUUAGAGGGCAAUAUAUAUAUAUAUGUAAACAUGUGGAGUAUCGGACUGAAGAAAACCUAAUAAGAUUAUCAGCUCGGAGAGUUCUAGCUCUCCCGUGGACUAGUCCCGAUCUCGGGGAAACCACGUAAACAGUGUCUCUUGUUUUCUUCUUCGUUUUCGUAUUGAGAGUGUUUUGAUACUAGCUAACAUGGUAUCAGAGCUAUCGUCUAUGGAUUCUGACAUGGUUUCCGUUUGGUUGAACUCGAAGAACUAUGUGUUAUGGGAGUUUCAGUUUCGUAUCUUUAUCGAAGGCCAAGGCCUUCUUCUGUUUCUGGAUGGCACGUCUAAGCGGCCACAAGUUCCGCCAUCAUCUGCUGAAGAACUCGCCAAGUGGGUUCAAACUGAUGCUCGGGUAAAGUCUCUCCUUCUGAGUACUAUCGAUCCAGUUAUAAGUCCGGGUCUUCGUCUGCUACGUUCGGCGCGGGAUAUUUGGGUUCAUCUCGCCCAGACCUAUAAAACCUCUAAUCCGUCUCAUCAAUUCGAGAUCAUGUUCGAGUUAGCUCGACUUGAACAAGGGGAUAUUGAUGUGACGCCAUAUUAUAAUGCGGCACAGUUAUUAUGGACAGAGCAAGAUCUAUUAACAACUGCUUUGUGCUAAGCUACAACGUCGGCAGAAGUGAUUCAAGAUCGUCAACGCACCCGCAUGAUGCAAUUCCUCAGCCUCUUGAAUCCUGAAUUUGAAUUUGUUCGUGCCAAUCUGCUGCAGCGCGAGAAUUUGAAAAUAAAUGGUAUCCUUGCUGUUCUGGUCCGCGAGGAAACACGUCUAAGGACGCAGGCGCAAUUGGACCUUUGCCCAGGUGCUGGCAAAGCGGUAUUUCCAGUGGCUGGUUCGAAGGGUGCUGGGGGUUCUAGUUCUAAAGGCACAGUGCCUUCUGCAAGAGAUGACGAGGUAUAUGUUGUUUCUAAACCUCACUUUCAACGUCGUAUGUCGGAGAUUGUGUGUCAUCAUUGUUGAUAGCCUGGUCACUAUCAAAAGUUUUGUAAGCAACACAAUUUUUGCGUAUACUGCAAGAAGAAAGGCCAUAUCAUCACUGAUUGCAGGCUCAUUCAGCCCAGGUCGACUGGACCUAAUUCUGCGCCACAAAAUCCACCAGCAGAAGGUGCAUAUGCUGUCUGCCCUGCAGAGGCUUCCACCCCAGCUCCUUCUCACGGCCAGUAUAUGACUGCCGAGGCUGUUGAGCAGCUAGUUCACUCUGCCGUCCAGUGCUCGUUACCCACCGCUAUCACGAGUGUAUUUGCUUCCCUUCAUCAGGCUGGUAAGACUCCCUCAUGGCUUUUGGAUUCUUCAUGUUUCAAUCACAUGACGGGCAAUACUCAUUCCUUUAUGAAAUUACAAUCGGUUAAGUCUGGGUCUAUUCAAGUUGCCAAUGGGCAGCGACUUAAUGUUACAGGCAUUGGCGAUGUUGAGGCGCCAAAAUUGAACUUAUCUAGUACCUUAUGUGUUCCGAAUCUUCUGCCAAAUUUGGUGUCUGUUGGGCAACUAACUGAGCAAAAUUGUCGUGCUGUGUUCGAUUCCUCUGGUUGUGUGGUUCAAGACCUAAAGACGGGGAGGCAGAUCGGAAGGGGGAGUAAACAUGGAAGAGUUUUUCAGCUCAAAGAAUUGUCGGGUCAACCUUCGUCAUCUCGAUCAUUGUCUAGUAUUGUGUCUAGUUCGCUACUGGUUUUCUCUAGUUUACUCAAUAAUGAGUUUGGAUUGUGGCAUUCUCGGUUAGGUCACCCCCAUUCCAGUCGGCUUGUAACCAUGUUUAAACAACAGCUUUUUGGGAAUAAAAAGGUUGAUUUUUCUUCGUGAAAUUUUCAGUGUACGAGUUGUGUUGAAGCUAAAUCCACUCGUAACUCAUUUCCAUCUAGCACCACUGUGAUUUCAGAGCCAUUUCAGAUUGUUCAUACCGAUCUUUGGGGUCCGUCACCUACGGAUUCUCGACAUGGUUACAAAUAUUUUGCGUUAUUUGUGGAUCAUGCUACUCGAUUCACUUGGGUGUAUUUUCUCCGUUUAAAGUCCGACCUUUUGUCUGUUGCCGGCGAGUUUUUAAAAAUGAUUCAAACUUAGUUUGGUAGAAAAGUCCGUGUAGAACAGUCCAUGCUAUGUUGUUAGCCUCUCGUGUCCCAGCUCGAUUUUGGUCGGAAGCCGUUGCUACGGCUGUCCAGUUGAUCAAUUAUCAGAUUACUCCCGUCCUUGGUCAACUUAGUCCUCAUUUUGCUUUAUUUAAGAAACAUCCGGAUUACUCCCGUCUCAGAGUUUUUGGUUGCACCUGUUUUGUGAUUCUUCCGCGCAAAGAACGGUCUAUGUUGUCCUCGAAAACCUCUAAAUGCCUUUUCCUCGGUUAUAACAAUAUUCAUAAGGGGUACCUAUGCUACGAUCCAUCGCUUAAGCGGCUUCAUAUAUCUUGUGACGUAGAUUUCUUCGUGCGUCUUAUGUUUUACUGUAGUACCCCUGAGGAUUAGCCUUUCUCUCCGAGCUGACCCGACUUCCUAUGUUUGACGAUGAUGAGGACAUGGAUACAGAUUUACUACUCCCCCCGACUCGCCUGCCCCCCCGACACCCAUUUCCAGCUCUUCAGACUCCUCAUCAACCAACUCGUCUCCGGCCUCCAGCAGCUCCCUCCAUGCCAGCAGUACCUCAUCCGCCAGCAGUACCUCAUCCGCCAGCAGUUCCUCGUCUGCAGACUCACCGCCCACAUCCCUCCUGCACUUCGCAUGUCACUUUGGACAACAAAGGGACAACUCCCUAUUAGGUACCAUGAUUUUGUCUCCUAUCAUGUUGAAGCUUUUACUGUCCCUACCUCGUAUAAACAGGCCAUGCUCGACCCCAAUUGGAACAAGGCCAUGCAAACUGAAUUUGAUGCCCUCCAUGCCAUGGGUACAUGGGAGGUAGUUGAUCGGCCUCCGGAGCCAGUUACAAUUCUUGGCAAUCGGUGGGUAUAUGCAAUAAAAGUAAAGGCAGAUGGUACCCUUGAGAGGUUUCGAGCACGUCUUGUUGUUCACGGUUUUGGUCAGGACUAUGGUCUUGAUUACGACAAAACCUUUACUCUGGUAGCAAAAAUGCAAACCGUUAGAACUCUUCUUGCCAUAGCUGCUAUUCGUGGAUGGCUCUUGUUCCAGCUCGAUGUUAACAACGCGUUUUUGCACAGCGAUCUCAAGGAAGUGGUGUAUAUGCGGCGACCACCCGGUUAUACAGUUGGGCGUGAGGAUCAGGUUUGUCGGUUACGCCGAUCUCUCUAUGGUCUCAAACAAGCACCCCGGGCUUGGUUUGAAAAAUUUCAGGGGAUGGUUUUGGCUCUUGGGUUUCGGCAGAGCAGCAAUGACCCGUCCUUAUUUCUCCGGUCUUCUUCUGCGGGUAUUAUUGCUUUGCUUUUGUACGUCGAUGAUAUGAUCAUCAUCGGGGAUGAUGCCGCAGGUAUUAUGAAGCUCAAGGCGGGGCUACAUGCAUCUUUUACGUUGAAAGAGUUGGGUUCUCUCUCUUAUUUCCUUGGGUUAGAGAUUACUCGGUCACAAUAGGGCAUUCUUAUAAGUCAACGGAAAUAUAUUGGGGAUUUGUUAGCUUCGGAUCAAUUUGGAGAGUGUAUUCCAGUUACUACCCCCAUGGAAGUUAAUUUGCAUCUCAGCUGCAACUCGGGUGUUCCCCUCGUCAAUCCAUCUCAGUAUCGUCAUCUUGUCGGCAGUCUGAUUUACCUUACUCAUACUCGGCCCGAAAUUUCGUUUGCUGUCCAUGUGGUAACUCAGUUUAUGUCCAAUCCCCGGGUAGAUCAUCUUUCAGCUGUGCAUCGGAUACUCAGGUAUUUACAGGGUACUCGAGAGGUUGGACUCUUUCUCCCUGCUAGUGGAGAUUUGCGUUUACGGGCUUAUUCCGACUCCGAUUAUGCGGGUUGUGAUGAUACUAGGCGCUCGACUACAGGGUGGUGUGUUCAGUUUGGUGGAGCUUUUGUUAAUUGGCUUUGUCGGAAACAGGAUAAGGUGUCCAAGUCAUUGACAGAGGCUGAGUACCGCCCUAUGUCUAAUGUUUCCUAUGAGCUAGUUUGGAUGCAACGCCUUCUCCUGGACCUCAGUGUUUCUUGCCCGUCUCCGAUCACCCUUCAUGUUGACAACACCAGUGCGAUUCAGAUCGCCGUGAAUCCGGUUCUCCAUGUUCGCACUAAACAUAUUGAAAUUCACGUUCACUAUGUUCGUGAUCUUGUUCAUCACGGGUUUCUUGUUGUUCGUCAUGUUGCUUCCGCUGACCAGCUUGCUGAUUUGUUCACAAAGCCAUUUCAUCGCUCUCGUCAUAUGUUACUAUCGGACAAAUUGAUGCUUCGGGUCCAGCAUCAAUUUGGGGGAGGCUGUUAGCAGUUUUGGGCUAUAUUGGGCUUGUAUGGUUUUGUUUGGCCCAUUGUUAUAGUACCAUGUACGUAGAAGUGGGUAGCUGUCGAAAACUAGCCCUGGCAGGUGUAUACGUGAGCUAGGGUUAGAGGGAAAUAUAUAUAUGUAAACAUGUGGAGUAUCGGACUCAAGAAAACCUAAUAAGAUUAUCAGCUCGGAGAGUUCUAGCUCUCCCGUGGACUAGUCUCGAUCUCGGGGAAACCACGUAAACAGUGUGUCUUGUUUUCUUCUUCGUUUUCGUAUUGAGAGUGUUUUGAUACUAGCUAACAGUAGCGCUAGCGAGGAGGAGGACCGCAGACGAAUCGAUUGGAGGAGGUCUGGUUGUCGACGGCAGGAGAAUCUCAAAUCACCCCCUCUCCUCGCGACUUCUGGUCUGGCUUUCCCGCAAAGCUCGAUUUGGGGCUAAUAGUCCACAUAGGUAAAGGGUUUGUUCCGGCCGGUUGAAUUACUGGGUUAAGUGGGAUGGUUAAUCAUUUUUUAAUUAAUAUUUAUACUGACGGAGCGAUUAGGACGGAAUUUGGAACGGAAUUGGACGAAUUUAUCAUUUCGUUAUUCGCUCAAACAUUUAUUACCAAAACGUGCAAAAUUAAAGUACUGUGACCAUUUUGUACAAAUUGAAUACGUUUGUGACCAUUUAUGAUAACUACCAGUUAAUCUAGUUAUUCUAGUUCACAUCUAGUCUCUAUAUUGACCAAACAGAUUUACACAUCCGAUUGGACGUUUUGAAAUCAGAAAUGACUCAAUAGCAAACUUAAGUCCAAAAAUAGUACAAAAUAAAUAAUGGCAGAGAGGCUGACGGUGAUCACAAUAUAAGUCCUCCAAUAAUCAGAAAGGUAACAAUGGAUUCAUAUCAAAGCCAGGCUGCCAAAGUGAAUCCAAUUAGCAAAAUUACCACACGCUAGAUGGGUUUCUAAAAUAUCAAAACAAGAGUAAAGUAAUACCCUUUUGUCCUCGCUUAUCAAAGGCAGAUUUCAUUAUUUCAAGGCUCUGGCAUCUUCAAUCGACUCCUGAAAAUUCAUGACCGCCAUCUCGUGUCAAGGCAUGUCUCUCCUGCAGCCGGAAAAGAUUGUGAUCGUGUUGUCCUACUGAAUUUGGUUUGCCCUUUAUUCGAAGCAUAGAAGUGUCAAAUAAUCAAAAGAACACACAAAGACACCAAACUUUUUUAAUGUGGUAUCGUCAAUGUGACACUAGUCCACGGAGAGGAUCUCCCUCUCAGGUUUUAUCGAUUGUAUUUUCUUGCUUUCAACCAACGUACACAGCAGCAUACUUAUAGGUUUGCUCUACAAACCCUAACUACAAGACACAGGCUAUUUACAAAGAGGUACCCGAAAUAUACUAAACUAACACCCUCCCUCAAAUUGAUGUUGAGUGCGCAACAUCAAUUUGGAUGAUAGAUAUCUAUGCCUGCUUGAUCCUCCUGCUUUCGUCAAUACAUCUGCAGUCUGAUCAUCAGUCGAUAAUUAACUCAGUUGCACAACUCCCUUUGCGACUAGCUGUCUGAUAUAAUGGACAUGUACCUCUAUAUGUUUUGUCCUGUCGUGUAAUACCGGAUUCACAGCAAUCUGAAUAGCACUUAUGUUGUCACCAUAGAUGCGCAUAGGAAGUCUACAUUCAACUCCUAUUUCCUGAAACAAUCUUUGCAGCCAGAUCAUCUCUGAGCUAACUUCGGACAUCGACCUGUACUCUGCCUCAGUAGAGGACUUUGAGACCUUAUCAUGUUUUCUACACCGCCAUGAAACAAAGGAUCGUCCAAACUUUACACACCAUCCAGACGUUGAACGUCUGGUAUCCAAACAGCCUGCAUAAUCGGCGUCAGCAAAUGCCUCUAUCUCAGGUUCACCAUCUGCUGGAAAGAAGAUACCGACAUCCCUCGUUUGUUUUAAAUACCUCAACAGACGAUGCACUGCAUCUAGAUGAGAAGUACGAGCAGGUCCAGUAAAUUGACUAACCACCUGUACAGCAUAAGCAAUGUCUGGUCUCGUAUGGGUGAGAUAGAUCAGACUACCAACUAUGCUUCUGUAGAAAGUUUGAUCUUCUAGCAAUUCCCCACUGUCCCGGCUAAGCUUUAAAUUCUGUUCCAUCGGUGUUGAACACGGCUUACAAUCUGUAUACUGCGCUGCUUCAAGAAGAUCAUUGAUGUACUUUCGCUGACACAACAAGAGUCCAUCCUCAGUUCGGUUGAUCUCCAAUCCUAAGAAGUAAGAUGUAUCACCCAACUCCUUCAGAUUGAAGGCUUCUCGCAGAGACUGGGUUAAUUCCUGAAUACCAUGCGUGUCACUACCAGUGACAAUCAUGUCAUCAACAUACAAAAGCAACACCGUGUUACCAUGAACUGUCUGUCGUGUAAACAUCGAUGGAUCAUUUUGACUUUGCACAAAUCCAAACUGCAGUAUUGUACCAUGGAACUUCUCGAACCAUGCCCUCGGUGCCUGUUUCAAACCAUACAAUGAUCUUUUUAGCUUACAGACCAUACCUGGUGCUCCUUUAUCAUAGCCUUCUAGACAUUCCAUGUAAAUUGUUUCUUUCAAAUCUCUAUGAAGGAAGGCAUUCUUCACAUCAAACUGGAUAAUCUGCCACCUUUUCAUUGAUGCGGCUGCCAAAACACUCUGUACUGUUUGCAUCUUUGCAACAGGUGCGAACGUCUCGUCAUAGUCUAUUCCAUACUCUUGUCGGAACCCUUGAGCAACAAGUCUCGCUUUAUACCGUUCCAAAGUACCAUCUGGCUUCAUCUUCACAGUGUAAACCCAACGACAACCAAUGACAGAGCUUCCAGGAACCCGUGGGACCAAUUCCCACGUGUCAUUUUCUUCAAGGGCGCGCAGUUCUUCUUUCAUUGCAGACUCCCAGUUUAUAUGACCCUUUGCAUAUCGGUAAUGACUAGGAAUAGGUAUUGGCUCUACCGAGAAACCCACAUAAUCCCCUAAUCUUUUCGGUGGUUGUCCCAUAGUAACCCGCUUAGACCUUCGUAGUUCGGGCAAAGGAGGUGGUGUCCCUAACUCGUGGGCCGAAUCUCCAGCCGAACCACUAGCUGAAGAGGAAUUAGUAGAUGCCAAUGAUAACUCACCAGCCAAGUUCCGUGAGGCCGAGUUCCGUGAGACCGAAUCCGAUGAAGAGGAGCUCUCAGGCGAAAGGGAAGUAUGCCCAUGCCCAGGCGAGUCCACAACGGGCGAAGAAGAGCUAUCCGAUCCCUCCGAACCUGUAGAUGGAACACUUUCGUUGGUCAAGGAGAGGGAUUGGCGAGUUUCAUUAUCAUUCCCUCCCUGAAAAUCGUCAUCCCGAACUGCCGAAGUGGCAUCAAAUUGCGGUAGAGGCCGCAAAAAAUCCAUAUCGGUGUGCUCCCGAUGAUCGGAGGAGGGAUAAUACAUAAGCUGCUCAAGGAAAAUGACAUGACAUGAAAUAUGCAUGCGACGAGCGACAGGUUCGUAACACAAAUACCCCUUGUGUUGGUUGCUAUAACCAACAAAUACACAGCGAGCCGUCUUGGGAGAUAGCUUGUCACGUGCCUUCCUCGGGAGUAACACAAAGCAGAGACAACCAAACACCCGGAGUCGCGAAUAGUCAGGAAGUUUGGAAUAAAGCCGCUGAAAAGGAGACUGUUGCCCAAGGACAGGAGUGAUCUGUCGAUUAAUCAGGUACAAAACUGUACUUACUGCUUCAACCCAAAAACCACGCGGAAUACGAGAAUGAAAGAGAAGAGCCCGCGUCAGUUCCAAGACAUGUCGAUGUUUACGUUCGACGAGCCCAUUCUGUUGAGAAACACCGGGACAGGACUGUUGAGGCAAAAUCCCAUGAGAAGCAUAAAACUCCAGCAAUGGGUGAGAACUGAACUCCCCACCUGGAUCAGACCGAAUAGCCUUCACCUUUUUACCAAACUGAGUUAAUACCAUCUGAACAAAAUGCUGAGCAUGAGUGAUUAACUCAGAUUUUCUGAGUAGGAAAUAAAUCUAGGCAAACCUAGUAGCAUGAUCGAUGAACAAAGCAAAAUAACGAUAUCCCAUCCGAGAAGGAACAGGGGAAGGACCUCAGAGAUCGGUAUGAAUAAGCUCAAAAGGUUCCUCAUAAGCGGUCUCACUCGAAGAGAAAGACAACUGUGAAGUUUUAGCUUCAAUACAACUGAUGCAGGAGUGAGAAGUAACCAGUUGAGAAUCCAACUUGACAGGAAGUAAAUUACUGCGAAACAUAUCCAAUAGUCUAGUCUUGUGAGGGUGACCAAGACGACAAUGCCACAAAUCCCACAUAAUAUUCUGUUUCAAAGAAUUCCUAGAGCCAUGAGGCUUUACAGCAGAAACCAAAUCAUCAACAACUGUCUCAAAAGGGGGAGAUUUAUUAACUAAACUAUGGGGCAAAGGAGAGCUGGCCACGGCAGUUCUUGAUGUCCGCGUUCCACCAGGUAAUGUCAUCUCCAAAUGAGAGUCAUCAAGAACGAACACACGACCAUCCUUCUUACCCCUCCCGAUCACCCUCCCUGUCUGCGGAUCCUGCACAAUACACCCGACUUCAUUAAACUUAACUUCACAACCUGCUUCAGUCAAUUGACCCACGGAUACGAGGUUAGGAACCAGUUGAGGAACUAAUAAAGUAUCUGGCAAUGUCACUCUGCCUGUAGUAGUCGUACCAAUACCAUGUACAGGGAGACGAGCCCCAUUAGCCACAUGAAGAGACAACACAGAGCUCGGUUUCAAGGAGGAAAAACCAGAGCGAUUACUAGUCAUAUGGUUAAAGGCACCCGAAUCAAUUAUCCAACGAGGAUUACCUGAAGAGCCGCCCGUAGCAAAGGCAACUGUCAAUGCACCAGGCAAAGUCUCUUGGAGAACUUCAGCAACUAAACGACGAACAGCCUCUGCCGUAAGAGUCGUUCCAGUCGCAACACUAGCAGAGCCAGUAGGGGCAGCCUCCACUGCAUAACUAAAGCCACCAGCGCCUCGGCCACCACCCGUGCCGCGACCUCCACUAGCAAAGCGGGAACCACCAGCAGAGCGAGAGUGCCCAGACGCAAGAGAAUCACCAGACUUGCUUCGGCGAGCAAGUGGCUUGCAUUCCAGAAUUAUGUGGCCCGAGCGCUUGCAAUAAAUACAUAUAUUGCGACGCUUGCAAUGAGGUUGAAUAUGUCCAACCUCCUGACAAAAAUGGCAAGUGAGAUGACUUGUAUCUCCCUGCUGAAAAUGGGUUUCCCGGAACCCCCGCGACCGACAGCAUAUGCAGAAUCACCAAAUCCCGACUGAUCAAUCUGCGACUGACUUCGGAGUCGAGUUUCUUCACGAAUGAGUUCACCAAGAGCUUCUUCAAUGGUACCAAUCUGACGAUGCAGUAAAGAAGCACGAAUGGCUUCAAACUCCGGACGCAAUUUCAUAAGAAAUUGCAUAAGACGCGCACGAGAUCGGUCCUUCAGAACCUCGUCAGAAGCAGCAACAGACAGCAAAGAAGCAGAGAGGAGAUCAUGUUCAACCCAUAAUGUAGACAAUUCCUGAUAAUAGGUACGUACAUCACGAUCACCCUGUUUAAACAAUGCAAUUUCAGUUUCCAGGUGAAACUGACGAGCUGAAUCAUGCUGAGUGUAGGUGGAACAUAUAUGCUUCCACAUAUCACUUGCUGCAGUGAAACGACGAAGACUAAGCCCAGUGGCAGUAUCAACACAUGACACAAGCCAGGUAAUCACUUGAGCAUUCCCAGAAGCCCAUUCGAGAAUAGUAUUAGCAGGGGAAUCAGCCGCCGGCUUAGGGAUGGUACCAAGCAAGAAUGGAAGAAGCUUCUUCCCUUCCACAAAAUUCCGGAAUUGAAAUUCCCAUAAAGGAAAAUUUUUCCCAUCAAAUUUAGCUGUGAACCCAUCCAUCCUGAGCAGCAAACAAGACAACAAAUACCUUGCCAAGUAGAGAGAGAGGCCGAGCAAAAGAAUGGUCGAGCAAAAGAAGAGGCAGACCUGAUAUGACCACCGCCAACGCCAAGAAGAAAGACCACCGCCGCCGAGCAAAGAAGAGGCGAUCCCAGAAAUCGACAGCAGGGGGGAAGGGACCCAAAACGAAGGCAGAAGACCUGAUGAAGAUGCCGAGACAGAAAACGAAGCAGCGCCAAAGAUAACAAAAGGAACCACCUGAUGAGGAGCAGAAAAAAGGAACCCUAGCAGCAGUGGCGGAGCCAGAAAAUUGGCCAAGGGGGUGUCUUUAUCCUAUCAUAAAAAAUCACCUAUAUAAUAGAAAAGUCAACUUUAAAUUAAACAAAAAGUCAACAACUCAAUACUCUAAAUUCAUACAAUUACAUUAAAAUAGUUUCACGUACACCGGUUACAACGUCAAACAAAUAAGUUCAGUACAUACAAAUCAAUACUUUCAUUCAUCAAAUAUUACAAAUUAGAACUCAAAAGUACCUUGGAAUUGAUUUUGUGAAACAAACAUGUGAACUUCAAUUGGUACUUCUUCACUUUCAACUAGGUUUAAACAAAAAACAAGAAAUUUCUCUGUUGUAGAGCUACAAAAAAAAUGAACGAGUUUAAACAAAAGACAACAAUUUAUUACUAUAAAUAAAGACGAAAGUGAAUUGCAUAACAAAACUCACUCGAUCGAAAUGAUAAGAAAUUCUUCCUGCAACUAAAUGGUCAUUAAUUCGAAUUUGUAUAUACCCCUACUCGAAAAAAAUUCUCCAAAUCCAAGGGGGGUGCUUGCACCCCCCCUCCUCUCCAAGUGGCUCCGCCACUGCCUAGCAGCGCCGAUCAGUACCAGACAAUUACGGCGAAAUACGAUCAACAGAUCUCAGAUCGCAGGCUCUGAUACCAUGUCAAAUAAUCAAAAGAACACACAAAGACACCAAAGUUUUUUAACGUGGUAUCGUCAAUGUGACACUAGUCCACGGAGAGGAUCUCCCUCUCAGGUUUUAUCGAUUGUAUUUUCUUGCUUUCAACCAACGUACACAGCAGCAUACUUAUAGGUUUGCUCUACAAACCCUAACUACAAGACACAGGCUAUUUACAAAGAGGUACCCGAAAUAUACUAAACUAACAAGAAGAGGAAGAAGAAUAGGAACUCUCAGAUAGGCUUCAAUUUCCCCCUUCCUAUUCACUAAUCACUGAUGGUCGUCUCAUCCUAAUGAUAUAGAAUUCCGUGAUGGUCAUGUUCAUGAAAUGGCAAUGAGUUGUGGGCUGAACAGAAAGCAAACAAUUGAGGACAAAAUCAUCACGAAAUGAAAGCAUACCAAUAGUAGAGAGAAGGAUAUUGACUCGUUCCAAUAUGAAUAAUUUCCUAUCCCAUCAUUUGCUUCACUUUUCACUUUGAAGGUCACAUAAAAGUAGAUAAACAGACAGAGAAAUGAUGAAUAUAAUUUAAAGAAGUGGCUCGAGUUAAAUCUGCAGGCACAGACUUCAUACAUCAAGAGCAGUCCUUUGUAGCUUAUCCUAGCUCUUAUUUAUUCACGUCAAUGAACAACCCAGCAAUAUAACCAUGGACCAAAGUCAAACAACAUUUUGUUCGACCAUUUUUCUCCUCGUACUUUCACAAAAUGCCUACAUUUUGGAAUAACUAAUACCAAUAAAUGCUUUCCCACUAAUCUUGCCGCUGAAACUUAACAAAUGUUAGAAACUCACAACAUUUUAAGUAAAACGGUAUUACCUAGAAGUCAAUCCAGCAAGAGGAGCUCCGUUAGUAAUUGCCAAGGCUGCGAAUAAGUGCAGCUAUUCUUCAAUUGUGAAUGAAGCACCUUAGUGAAAUAGCGUGCUAUUAUCAGCAGCAAUCAACCAUCAAUUUCAACAACAAAAGAUGUACAAAAUAUAAAGUGUUUUCCUCCGCAGUCCUACACCAACUGUGAAACCCAAAACCCAAAUCGAAUUGUUCCUCUAAAAGUAGAAAAUCUAUAGAACCCAGAAAUGAUAGAGAAUUGAAACUACAGAGAAUGGGGGAAACUAUCCGCGGGUUAAAAGCAGACGAGCAAAUUUACAGACGACUGAUUUUCGGCAAUCAUCGACUAAGAAGGAGAACAUGCAACAGAAAGAGGCAAACGAAGUAGAAAAGAAAGAUUGGAGUAAGAUUAAGGUGAAGUCACCUCCUGUGGCCGAAGACACAACACUCAAAUGCGAUUCAAGGGAUUUGUUUGGACCCCUUUGUUCGCAAAAAUGAGUGAUGCUCUGUCGUCCUUAUUCAAUCAAAAUAGAAAAUCAAAAUCGCUAUUCUUCUUCAUCUGCCGUAGCUAUUAUUGAAGAAGGAAGCUGACUGGAUUCUGUCUAAUACAAAGAACACUACCGAGCUGGCGGCAAGCACCGUUUCAACCAGAAGCAAGUGAAGAGCUGGGAGCAGACGACACCGUUCUACUUAGUGUUCUUAUUGGUUUCCGUUUUUACGGUAGAUACACCGCUGUCUUCUGUUGAUUGGUAGUUAUAGGACAGUUAGUUUAUUUUACCGUUGUAAUUAAGCUGACUGGACCCCUUGUACAGGAAGCUUUCUCUGGCUUCGUAUGUAAACUGCCCAUAAGGUAAAUGAGCUCCUUGCGGGUUCUUCCACCAAACUCUGAUCCUAUCCAAAACUUCACAUGGUAUCAGAGUCUGAUUCAGGCAAUUAGAGUUUCAUCCUCACCCGCAUUCUUUCUCAUCUAAUUUCUUCAUCAAAUUAUGGCGACUACAGCUGCUGAUAUUUCUUCCAAUUCCUCUUCUACAAAUUUUAACACCAUUUUUACUGUGUCACCUACAGUCACUAGUCCCUACUACAUCAACCCUAAUGAGUCCCUCGUCUUUCCAAUCAAGCUCACUAGGGCUUCAAAUUACAGCUUAUGGAGCAGGACAGUUUGUUUGCCCUGAAGAGCAAGAACAAGCUGAGUUUUAUACAUGGGUCAAUUCCUGUCCUAGAUCCACAGAAUGAGUCUUACCCAGCUUGGGAAUAAAGCAACACAUCUGUGUUGUUCAUAUCUGGGGUCUCUUGACUCAAGCUUAGUCGAUUCUAUUUCCACCAUUGAGAAUGCACAACAGCUGUGGGAAGAUCUGAGGCAACGGUUUGGACGUGCUCAUAACAUUAGGAUUUUAGAUUUGCAGACUGCCUUAUACUCCUCGAAACAAGGUAAUAAAUAGAUUUGUAAACCAGUUCUUUACCGAAUUAAAGGGAUUUUGGGAGGAGAUAGGUCAAUUUCUGCCUACACUUAGCUGUGAAUAUGGUGGAACGGCAAAUAUUGGAGUUCCUUGUAUCACCGAGACUACCAUGAAGAAAUAUGGAGAGAAUGAAUUUGUGACUAGGUUCAUUAAGGGUUUGAAUGACUCAUAUGAGGGAGUGAAAACCAAUUUGUUUAUGAUGAGUCUCUUACCAGCCAUGGAAACCGCAUUUCAUUAUGCUAUUCAGCAUGAGAGGCAACUGGUUAAGCCCGACCAUGAAUCUCAAGUGGAUUCAGUGGCAUUACUAGCAGCAAACCAGAAGAAAGGAAAGGAGGCUGCUAAGGGUAACUUGUUCUGUCGUUACUGCAAGAAGGAAAACCAUGUUAUACCAGAUUGUUAUAGGCUCAGAAGGAAGAAUUCUCUCAAAAAUCAGGAGGAUCAUCUGGAUUCGCAGGGCAGAUUCAGAGCACUGAGGGAAGUGGUAUACUCCCUAGGCCAGAAACCAAGAGUUUACCUGAGACUGGGGAUGGUUUUAUGAAUAUUAGGUUGUCUGUUGAUGACUUGAGCAGGCUUCAAAGGUGACUCAAUCAGUUCAGUCCACCUGAGUCUCAUACUUCACCUGUGUUACCUGGAUCUCAACCUCAACAGAACCAGCAGAGCCAGCCAUGGUGAACUCCAUUAUGAGGCAUCUGUCUGUUAAUCCGAAUUUUGCAUGUAAACUUACUUUGAGCACAUACUUCCUUAAGCAUCCUUUGGAACUUGUCAAUGUGUAGUUGCUGGAUACAGGAGCCACUGAUCAUGUGGCAUGCUCAUUAGCCUUGUUUGAUACUUAUAAACCCAUCCAAAAUGUGUUCAUAACCCUUCCUGAUGGUUCCAAGUCAUAUGUCACACAUUCUGAAACUAUUUCACUUUCAAAUAGCCUUGUCCUUCAUGAGGUUUUAUUAGUGCCAACCUUCUCCUUCAACCUAGUCUCUGUUAGUCUACUUACCAGAACUCUACUAGUAUCACUUACUUUUAAAUCCAACCUAUGUGAUAUCCAGGACCUAUUCACCCAGAGGAGGAUUGGUUCUUCCUGUCAGACCAAAGUCAUUGUAGUUAUAGGAUAGUUAGUAUAUUUUACCGUGGUAAUUAAGCUUACUAGACCCCUUUACAUGAAGCUUUCUCUGGCUUUGUAUAAAAACUACCCAUGAGGAAAAUGAGCUCCUCGCGGGUUCUUCCUCCAAAAUCUGAUCCUAUCCAAAACUUCACAGCUAUAGGCUAUUGCUUGAUCAUGUAUAACAGGAGUGAAACCCACCUGUCGCAGAGGCCGGUGUUUACCUCGACGAAACUCAGCGACUAAAACACACCUGUUGCUGGGCCCCUGAACUUUAUGGAAAAUAUCUGACAUUAACACCAGUACAACAAACACAAGAAAAACUGUAGUUGACUGACGCCUUCUAAAAGGAGAGAAGUCAAGUAGAAAGUAAACCCCAAACCAGGACCCAUUCGACAUGCGACCAAGCACAGUAAAUCGAAUAGCUUUUGUGGCGCUCCCAUCAAAUUUAUCGUACCAAGUCACCAUUGCAAGCUCCGACAUCACUUCCAUCAAAAUUCAAAUUUUUUAUCAUAAUACCCGAGCAUAAACAGAACCUCAAAGUGAAACAGAAAUUGACGAAGUGAAAAGGGGGAAAAGGGAAAAGGGUUAGGCAGCUUUGAGAGACCACUCCAUCAAGUUUGGGAUCCAAUAAGCAAACAAAGGGGAUGUGAAAGAAAAUCAAGUUUAAUAAAUAAAAAAAAUGUGUAGCUAAAAUAUCACAACUAGGCAAGUUGUGAAGUGUAUGGAAUUGUCUAGAUAAUGUAUUAACGUUGGUAGUUAUGGAUUAAGAAAAGAAAAAAAAAACAAGUAAACAAAUGAGUAGAUAUUUGUGGGGUUAAGUAGGUGUGAAGUGAUAGUUAAGUGUGACAAAGUAUAAACCACAAUUUAGUGUUGAAACUUGGCUAUAAAUAGCCAUGGUUUGUGUAUGGUUCCUUCAUCCCAAGCAAAGAGAAGCAAAUAAGAAGAAAGAAAGACGAGAGAGUGAGCAAUUGUGAGUUGUGGGGUUGUGAAAAACUUAGAGAGUUUGUGAGCAUUUCGAUCUAAUUUUUCCUACAAGUGGUAUCAGAGCCCAGGGUACUACUCAUAUGCUCUGUGGUUGCGGUAUAAGCCGAUCUUCCACAUCAGAAAAGGGUUCCUUGUGCUUUGUUAUCCUUGCCAAGGUUAUUCCUCGUAUGCUCCGUGGUUGCGGUAUAGGACAAUCUUCCACAUCAGAAAAGGGUUCCUUGUGCAUUGUUAUUAGAACUGGUUCAACUUAGAGCCAGUAGUGACGAGAUCCUCAAUAGGUGGUCAAAGGAUGCAGUUAUUUUAGUAAGAUUGAAAUAGAGAACUUGGAGAAGUUUCCAAGUAAAAAGAUGGAGGGUUUCUCAGUUACUGCCAUGGAGAAAUUGAACGAGACCAACUACUCAAGUUGGAGCACCUGUAUGGAGUUUUAUCUCAGAGGCCAAAAGCUCUGGGAAAUUAUCACCAUCCCACCACCCAAAGAUGAGAAGCUGUUGGAGGAAUGGAAGCAAAAACCAGACAAGAUCAUGUACAUCCUUGCAGUCACGACAGAAGACCGAUUCCUGCCUCGCAUCAAGAAAAGCAAAUCCCCGAAGGAAGCUUGGGAUACUCUCUCCACAAUCUUCGCCAGGACCAAUGAAGCGAGACUCCAGAGACUGAAGAAUGAAUUGAUCUCACUAUCCCAAGAAACAUUGACCAUUGGUCAAUAUUUCAACAAAGUAAAAAAUGUAUGUGCCGAAAUUUUGAGACUGGAUCCUGAAAAUCCAAUUUCUGAAGCUCUGAUAAGAAGAAUCAUCAUAUGGGGCUUGAGAUCGGAGUUCAAGCGCAUAGUAAUAGCAAGAAGAGGGUGGUUAAAGGAGCCAACCCUAGUUAAAUUAGUGAAUCUUCUAGCAAAUGAAGAAAUUCUCCAUGACAAGAUGUCAAAGGCAUCAAUCAAGGAAGAGGAGAAGGCUCUGCUCAGCAAAAGUAAAGACUCUAAUGGUGGAGAGAAGGCUCUUGCAUCAAUAAGAGGCCAAAAGGGGUUUAAGAAGAACCAAAAGUGAAAAAAUAAAGGAGGCAACUACCGAGGGGGAGCCUAGAAAAGUUAUAACCACCGUUGUAAAAAGUGGUUAAGUACCAUACAUAGGCUUGUUUAAGAUCCAACAUAACCUUCUCCCAACAACUCGAGUUAUAGGGACUAACUGGAUGUUGAAAUAGUAUCAGAGUUGGUUUGUCCGUGAGGUCACAUGUUCAAGUACUCACGACCCCCAAUAUUAACUGUUGUCUUUCAAGCACAUGGUAUGGCGGGCUUGUGCAAACUUCAAACCCAUGAGUCGGCUUUCGUUUGAGGGGGCGUGUAAAGAAGUGGUUAAGUACCAUACAUGGGCCUGUAUAAGAUCCAGCAAUACCUUCUCCCAUAAACUCGAGUUAUUGGGAUCAACUGGUUCUUGACAACCGUAACAAAGGUGGUGAUGGAAAGGACAGGAAGGAGCAUGAUCGAGAAAAUGGCAAUUACUACAUUUGCCAUCUAGCCAGAGAUUGCUGGCACAAAAAGGAAGAACGAAACACUGCAACUUCUUCCAAGAUGAAUGAUGAUGAAUGGGACUUCCAAGUAUCCUUUGCAACGAAAGCUCUAAAAGGCGCCACUGAAGUGUUAGCGCUUAUGUCAGUGGACAAGAUGUCAUUGAUUAUGAGAAUGAUUGGAUUGUGGAUUCGGAAUGUUCAAAUCACAUGACUGGUGAUGAACAUAAGCUGUUAAUCGUGUACGUGUAUAAAGGUGGACGAGUAGCUGUCACCGCCAACAAAUCUAAGCUGCCAAUCACCCACAUCGACGACACACUUAGUACUCCUCGGUUUGGCGAUCAACAAGUGGAGCUGUCAAACUUUUACCACGUCCCUGGAAUAUGAAAGAAUCUAAUGUUAGUAUCACAACUGACCACAUUUGGUAAUUAUGUGGUAUUCGGUCAGAGAGAUGUGAAGGUGUAUCGAAGCUUACAACCAACUUCUGAUCCGAUCAUGCAAGGGCAGAAGCUGGAGUCUGUCUAUGUAAUGUCAGCAGAAGUUGCUUAUGUUGACAAAAACAAGAAGGAAUGAGACGAGCUCUCACAGAGGCAGAACAAAGCAAAGGAACAGACCUGGACUGAAGCCACCACGCUGGGAAUACAACUGUAGCAAAAAAAGACCAAGUUGGGAAAACAACCGCAGCAUAAGAACCCCACGAAACAAGACUAGCAGGCGAGCAACCCUAAUACCACAAAAAGCACUGAAGCAGCUGAGAAACACAGUAGAGCUAGCAAUUGAGAAACAAAACACAAUAAGCAGCCGAGACCAUAGAGUAGACGAGAGAGAAAACCCAACAAAGCAGCUGAGAACGUAAGGGCAGACUGUCAUAACUGGGGAGCUCAAUUAGUACGAUAUUGUACGCUUUGGGUCAAGCCCGCACGGAUUUAAUUUUGGGUAUCCUCCCCAAAAGACCUCGUACUAAUUGGGAUAGGUGGACACUAAUAUACAAGGGUCCCUUCCCUUGUAUCUCCGAUGUAGUACUUGGAUUGUUCCAUUACAAUCUUCCCCUCAAGACAAGGACCCCGAACUUCGUGUCCUCUACUCAUCGAUUAUCUAUACUUUCCUUCUUCGAUUUUUCAGACAACGGAGCCCACAAACCCUGUUGUUUCAACAGUGCUUGCAUCUUGAUCUGCCAGAAACUUAAACUGUUUCUUUUGGUAAACUUCUCAAUCUUCAUACUGAUAGUAGCCAUUCUUACUAUCAAACAAACUCCAACCAAACUUCUCACCAAACAAGCGAUACCAAAACAUAACUACCCAAAGUCAAGUCCAAAGUGAUUCCUCCACCGAACCAAGAUAAAGAAUUGAAAGCUACCUCCACAAAGCAAAACUUCUGUCCAACGCCAAAUUCCCAAAAUCACAACCAGGCUUGGAUACCACUUGUCAUAAUCGGGUAGCUCAAUGAGUACGAUAUUGUCCGCUUUGGGCCAAGUCCGCACGGAUUUAGUCUUCGGUAUCGUCCCCAAAAGACCUCGUAUUAAUUAAGUUAGGUGGACACUAAUAUACAAGGGUUACUUCACUUGUAUUACCGAUGUGGUACUUGGAUUGUCCCAUAACACAGACAAAUCCUUAGAUAAGAGGCUCUGAUACCAUGAUAAGAAAACAAAAAUAAUAAACACGAACACCGAAUUUUACCUGGUUUUCCUGAGAAUCAGGACUAGUACACGGGAGAGGUAGAACUCUCCAGAAUCAAUCUUAUUCAGCUUAGUUUUACGGAAUAGAUAGGGUAUUUAUGUGUUAAGGUUACGAUCCUAAUCCUACUAAUUAGUUUAGGAACUCACGUAAUAGGGAGAAUUACUAUAAGCUAGCUACCUAAACUAAGUAAAAUACUUAAUUUCAACACUUAGCUGCCUGGAAUCGUGGGUUUUCAGUUUCAAGAUGGGAAAGCACUAGGACUAUCUCUGGUCUGGGAAAUUGAGGAGAUAGAAAGCUGAUGGAAAAGUUCCGUCGAGAUGGAAUCGGAGAGCGGACAUGCGAGACAAACCCUGGAGGCUGCGUAUAUGAGUUUAUAUAUGGGCGAUGAUGGAAAAUCAAGAUGUUUUUGAAGGCUAGAAAUACAACCCAUUCUCACAAUGAUUAUGAUGACGAUGAUAACUAAAUCUCCUUUCUGUAUUUACAUGCAACGCACAAGAAUUUGUAGGUUGAAAUCCCAGGCCCUAUUAUCCACUGAUAUAGAUCAUAAGACAGAAAAACAUUGAAAAGAUGGGAAGCAAAAUGCAUUGGUCAACGCAAAUGAUAGGCCAUAUGUUUUGGGGUCGAAUGCGACAGAGUGUUUUGCAGUAAAUAAGUGUUUCCAAAAUGAAUGAGAACCGUUUCUGAAAAAACUAGAUGGGAUGAGGAGAAGUGAUUAUUUUAGUGGUAGAGGACGAAAGAUAAAAGACAUUGCAAUUUUUUUUAUGUGUUACGUUGGCGAUUGAUAGAUCAACAGCUAAUGAAUGGGACCCGAACUGUGUCCUUUUGUGACUGCAGUUGUUGGAACAGUUGGCUUCUAGUGAAACCAGACUGUAAUGGCAGCUAAUCACUUAUUGAUUCAUGAUUAUUGAAGUAAAACAUAAUCUUACUAUAUUUUAACGAAAAUGAAAACUUGGUCUCACUGUGAGACAGUAGACUUCUUCAUGAAAUGAGGUAUAACCAUUCUCGAUAAAGCCACUCAGAAUCAAUUGGCAAGAGGUCAACGUUUGCGUGAGUUGCUUAAACAAUCCCAAUCAGCUCCUCUCACGAUGGAGGAACAGAUAAUGACUAUUUUUACCAUUGCAUUUCAAGUCAUCCACUUUACUCGAUGUUUCCUUGGAAUUGGAUGCAAUAGCUACGGUUGAAUUCACUAAUUAAUAUAAUACGCCAUUACCCUCUAAUUAAUAUAGUGAUAACUGAUAAUCAUUGAGUUUAAUAAUUCUAAUUUCCUUCAUUGGUGGCCGGAAGUCAACUGUUGCCUUCCCUCCUCCAAUCUUCCUAUAAAAAAUAGAAGAAGAGAUAUACACCAAGAAAAACAGAGAGAACCCUAUUAAGAAAGAACGAAAGGGAGAGGAAGGAAUAUAACGAAGAGCAAUACUGAAUGAUGAUGAUGAUACACAUCUCUUCCGUCUCGCCAACGUUGCUUAUUAUCCCACUUAUACUGUUCAUAGCAUCCUUCAUUUGGGGCUGGCGAGUGUUGUCCGCCAAGAGAUCUGCUGCAGCGCCGCCAGGACCAUGGAAGCUGCCCAUCUUUGGGAACGUACACCAGCUCAUGUUCAGCCGAGUUCGAGCUCCCCACAUCCGGAUGAGGGAAUUGGCCCAGAGAUACGGGCCCGUGAUGAGCCUGCAGCUCGGGGAGGUGGUCAACGUGGUCAUCUCCUCCCCAGAGGCUGCCAAAUUGGUGCUGAAAACCCACGACUUGGUCUUUGCUUCCAGGCCCAGUCUCCUGGUCGCCAGGAUCAUCUUCUACGGUUGCAAGGACAUCGGCUUUGCGCCUUACGGGGAGUACUGGCGGCAGAUGCGGAAGAUCUGCAUCGUGGAGCUGCUCAGCGCAAGGCGCGUUGCUUCGUUCCGCUCUAUCAGGGAGGAGGAGGUCUCCAAUCUAAUCUCUCGCAUUCGUGUCGCUGCAACUGCGAGGAACGAGGAGGGCGUCGACCUCAGGGAGAUGCUAUUUUCCUUCACCAGCAACGUCACUUACAGGUACGCGCGGACUUGGAUGCAUAGUUAUUAAAAAUCUGUUUAAUCUUCUAAAUCCGUUUAUAAUUUCUGCUCUCGUACGACUUUAGAGCCGUCUCCAUUUUCUCGGUUUGUUUGAUGCCUAUCGUAAUAAACACAUAGAAAACGUUUAAAAUAUGUAUUCGAAUUUUUUUAUAUAUUUUAAUAUGGUUUGGAUUAAGGUACAGAACUAUAUAGUUUUGUCUUACUACAAGAUCAUAAUAGAUGGCUACACCAUUUUAUUCAUUUUGAUAUUUUUUUUGAACAAAAUAUUUUGAAGUAAUCAUACUACCGUCAAUGACAUAAUGAUAUCACCACGAACAAUAUUAUGAUAUCAUAGUGAUAUGAUGUUGAUAUGAAGUCUUAUCCUAUGGUUGACAAAAUAAUUUGAUAACUACAGCGAUAAUAAAAUGACAAACAAAACUUUGUAUGUAUUAAUAUUGUAAGAUAUCAAUACAUUAUUUUGGUAACUAUGCUUGGACGAUGACUUAUUGCCUUUACUUUGUUUGAUCUCUCCCCUAAUUAUUCAAGAGGGAGGUUCUUGAAUUACUUGAGUUGUUUGGUAGAAUGGGAAUAUCCCUAUUUUUUUUAGUUUUUUUUUGUCCAAGAUAUGCCAAGAAGGCUCAAACCGAUAAAAACAUAUUACAAGAUGACAAUAACCAGAUGCGGUAGUCCGUAACCAACCAAACUAGCGAUAAAAGAGCAAUUUUUGCCACUACAUGGGCAGCUUUGGAAAAGCUCCGAGGAACAAAGGACACGAAACUGACACAAAUGAAAUAAAAAAAAACUUCUCCAAGAUAGCCCUGCGAGUGAGGUUGAUUCAUCUUCAAAAGACCAUUGAAAUGAACAUGAUUCCCCUUCAAAACAACAAACAAUAAAAGAAAAAAUAAAUAAAUCAAUUUGGUGCUAGAAAUAUCUAUCCUAAGAGUUUAAAACCUGCCCUUAGGGCAUAGUCAGGAUAACCGAAUUCUCACGCCAUUGGUGUGAUACAACUUGGAAAAAUAAAGGUUUAUCGUAAGA